CAGACCGUGUGAGUUGAUCACCGAUUGAGUCGAUAUCGCUGUCAUCCAGGGAGGGAAGUGACCUUAUCAAAUGCGUAUUGUGGCAUUUUAGCGCGUUCCCUGUGGCAGGGUCGCUGCUCUUCUCGAGUCAUCAUGGUGUUCGAAUCUUUAGUCAGCGAUCUUUUGAACAAGUUUAUAGGAGACUAUGUGGAAAACCUGGACAAGUCGCAGCUGAAAAUUGGCAUAUGGGGAGGAAAUGUUGUUUUAGAAAACCUUCGAGUGAAAGAGAAUGCUCUGAGUGAAUUUGAUGUCCCCUUUAAAGUGAAGGCUGGUCAGAUUGGUAAACUGACUCUGAAGAUCCCUUGGAAAAACCUUUACAAUGAGGCAGUGGUGGCUACGUUAGAUGGUUUANGUUGA